UGAUUUCUUUCCAGGUUUAAUAUUACAUGACGGAAACUGCUGAUCAAAUCAUGGGAGGCGGAAGGGAAAAAGACGCCAACGGGAAAGAGACGCGAAAUGGCGACGGUAUUCAAAAAUCGCCAAAGAAUGAAAAUAGACGGAAGUCGAUGUCGAAAGAAAAUACACCUGUUCCACCCCCGGACGGUGGGUGGGGUUGGAUGGUUGUUCUGUCAUCGUUCUUGAUACAUAUAAUAGCUGACGGCAUUGUUUAUUCAUUUGGAAUAUUUUACAUGGAAUUUCUAGAAUAUUACAAAGGAGGAAAGGGAGAAACAGCCUGGGUCGGUUCAUUGGUACCCGGCGUCACGUUAAGUGUCGGUCCAUUGGCGAGUAUUCUGACUAACAAGUAUGGUUGCCGGGUUACCACGAUAGCCGGCGCUAUUAUUGCAGCUGCGGGGUUUGUGCUCAGCCUAUUUGCCCCGAACCUUUACUUCUUGUAUUUCAGUUUCGGUAUUAUGGCAGGUCUUGGAUUCGGCCUGAUAUAUUUACCAGCAAUUGUUAGUGUCGGAUAUUACUUUGAAGAAAAGCGUGCCUUUGCGACAGGCCUUGCUGUUUGUGGCAGUGGUCUUGGUGCCUUUAUUUUCAAUCCAUUUUCAAAAUACUUGAUCGACGAGUUCGGUUGGCGAGGUGCAAUAUUGAUCGAGGCAGGCAUUAUAUUAAACUGUGUUUUGUGCGGUGCUUUGUUCAGGCCGUUAGAACAUCCCAAACAUUCUAAAAAUAGUGAUACUGCUAAGAAACCACCUUUAGAUUCACAGCUUGUAAAAGACAGUCUUGAACUUGAAUUAUUUGUAAGUAAUGGUACCACUGUGACUUCACAACCGUCGUCACCAACCCGUGAUAUUACUCCAUUUAGUUUAGAGCCCCCACAUAAAGACACUGCUAUAUUCCGAAGUGAUGGCGCGUUAAAUCGUUCUACACACAAACCGAUGACGCCAUCACCCCUAACGAUGGACCAAACACAAGGCACUAAUUCCUCUACGCAGCCUCAUCUUAGACGACUACUUUCAGAAGAACAUCAUUAUCAUCAUCAUCGCCAUAGUAACCAGCACGCGCCAUUCCGUUCUCAUAGAAAUUUGGUGCUUGGGGGCAUUUAUCAGAGUGGAAGCCUUAUGAACAUAUCUUUGCAGAAAUCACACCCUGCAUUGUACAUUGCCAGUCUCACAUCGAUCCCUGGGGAAGAAACCGACCUCAAAAAGCGACUAUGCUGUUGUGAUGUACCAGCCAAUAUUUAUUAUUCACUUAAGAACAUGUGCGACUUUUCCCUAUUGAAAGACACGAUUUUCUUAAUGUUCGUCGUCUCGAACUUCUGUACCAGCAUCGGUUUCAACAUGCCGUUCAUAUUUCUCACAGACCGCGCGGUGGAUGAGGGCAUCAGUCCAGAAGAUGCCAAGUGGCUGGUGUCGGCUAUUGGGAUAUCUAAUACUGUAGGGAGAGUGUUGUUUGGCUUUCUUGCAGACAGACAAGGAGUAAAUAGGUUAAUGCUGUAUAACACCGCUUUGACUAUCUGCGGAGUUGCUACAGCGUUAUGUCCCUUGUGUUAUUCAUAUUCUUUACUGGUGUUGUAUGCCUGUGUGUUCGGUCUUUUUAUAGGUGUAUACGUGUCACUGACGUCAGUAGUACUGGUUGACCUUUUGGGCUUAGAAAUGCUAACCAACUCAUUCGGAUUACUUCUCAUGUUCCAGGGAAUCGCUACAUUAGUUGGACCACCAAUAGCAGGUUGGUUAUAUGAUGGGACCGGAAGUUACGACGUGUCGUUUAUAGUUGCUGGUGUAAUAGUAGCUGUAAGUGGAAUCAUGUUGUACUUUAUACCACUUGUACGGAGAUGUAUAGAUAAAGAUGAUGUUGAGGAUGGAGAUGCUAGUGAACAAAGAGAACUUACAGCAUAAAUAUACGACCUACGAUACGUCACGUUACGUUACAUUACGUUACACAGAUGAAUGAUACGGACAUUUCAUGAACAAAUAAAAAUGAUGCUCGGAUAUUUCUGUAGAUAUGAGUUCGUUUAUGCAUUAGGCAAAUAUAUGAUGUUCAGAUGAUAUAAUUUGUGAUAUAUCUUUUCACUAAAAACGAAAUACGUUAUAAACGUCACAUUACGUUUGGUAAAAGUUACUCGAGUAUUUGAAUGCAUGUGUUACUAUAGUGACGGAGAUUCUGACGUAGAUUCUCAUAAAGUGUUUUGUAAAAAGGUAUAUAAAAGAGCAAUAAUAGUUUGAAACAGGAGUGUAUAUUUUCAUUAUUUUUGCAAAGAGACGCACAGUAUAAGGGAAGAAGUGUAGAAAAAUACAUAGCUGUCAUUUACAUUACAUUAGACAUUUCUUCAUAUGAUAGAACAUACUGUAUGGACAUGUGCUCAUAUAAUAGUGAAGCUGUUUUACAUCUAAUACCAGCAAUAUAUACAUGUGUGAUGAUAUUGUGCGAAGAAUUAUUCAUCACCGCUAAGUGUGUUUCACAGUGAAACAGUUAGAACCAUUAACACCGUGUGUUUGUAACGUAGAAAUAUAUAGAAAAAUAUAUAAACAUAUUGCAUAAUUAUACGUUAUUCAAAAGAGACUUUACAGACAAUCUGAAAGGAUAUUUUUGUUAUUCUUCUUAUAAAUAAAGCACUAGUGUACAUGUAUAUGAUGAAUAAUUUGUUGUUAAAUUGCUUGCCUAUAAUAAUAAAUGUAAAAUAAAUGUUAAAACUUGAUUGACGAUUUCUAAUGUCAAUAUUUACAAUAUUUACUAUCAUUUUUAUUAAGGUAUUUGAGCUGCGUCACGACAAAACAACAUAAUGGGUUUGCGACCAGCAUGGAUCCAGACCAGUCUGCGCAUCAGCGCAGUCUGAUCAGGAUCCAUGCUGUUCGCUAUCAGUUUCUCUACUUGUAAUAGGGUUGGUAAGCGAACAGCAUGGAUCCAGAUCAGACUGCGAAUGCGCAGGCUGAUCUGGAUCCAUGCUGGUUGCACACCCAUUAUGUUGGUUUUGUCGUGACACGGCUCAUUUGGCUGCUAUAUGAAUUCAUGUUGGAUGUCUUCCACUACAUGUAUCAUGCUUUCUUUUUUCUUUUCUCUUUUGUCAUGUAAGGCACACCAUAGAAAUAAUAUAAUUAAAAAAAGACAAAACAAUGUUUUACCUUUAAAUGAGCUGUUUUAGAUGGGACUACUUAAGAUAUUGAUAUUGCAUUUGUUUAUAUCUAUACACAUUUUUUUCUUGUUCAUUUGUUUAUUUUUUUUAAAAUAUUCUUUAUAUAUAUAUAUAUUAUAUAUAUAUAUAGUCAAAAAGUAGAUUCAAAUGAAAGUUUGUUGUUAUAUGAAAUUUGUGUAGCUAGGGGGGACAACUCCUCAUUGCAUAAAGCAGUAAACUGAUGUGAUAUGGUCUGUGGAGUUGUCUCCCUUAGAGGAAAAAAUAAAUACUGAAGUCUCUUGUAAUUCUUUUAGAAUGGCUUUUCAUGUAUUUUAUGUUUGUGUUUUACGUUUUAUAUGUAUUUAUAUGUACACAUGUAAAGAUGAGACUGAAAUAAAGAAAUAAAGUACUAUACACGACGAAAAAGAUAGUAAAAAGAUUGAAUAAAUAAAAAUUAAAUUAAUGAGAGGUAACAUAAUUACAUCUAAUGUUUUAUUCAUACUCACCUUUAAAAAAUCGCAUUUAUAGUACAUAUGACUUUAGUAUAUUUAUGUUUAUGAUAUUUACGUUACAGUAACGUCAAUUUUUACGUUACCGUAACGUAAAUAAAAAGAGUUACAAGAGUUACGUACGAAUUGCUUAUCAAUGCUCCAUAAAAAUUUGAAUAUAAUGUAAAUGUGUACAUUUUUGUUGUUAAGAUUUAAAUAUAGUAAUUAUGUACGAUUUUGUAGUUUAGAAUAGUUACUGCCUGAUUUUAUUCUGUGUAUGUUAUUGAUACAUUUUGUUCUUUGGCUUGUUCACAAUUGGCCGUUGUAUAUUCAGCAGAUAUUUUAUAAAUGAAUUAUUCUUUGUAUAAUGUACAAUAUAUGAGCCGCGUCACGACAAAACCAACAUAAUGGGUUUACAGACCCUAUAACAAGUAACAAAGAUAACAAAGAAACUGAUAGCGAACAGCAUGGAUCCUGAUCAGACUGCGCGGAUGCGCAGGCUGGUCUGGAUCCAUGCUGGUCGCAAACCCAUUAUGUUGGUUUUGUCAUGACGCGGCUCAUAUAUGAUUAUCACAUCUGAAAUCAAAAGAAUAUUUAACAUUUAUUCAUAAAACUUCAUUCGUUUAUUUGCUUCAAACACUUUUGUGUUAUCAGAUUUAAUUCCGCAUAUUUUAAAGAUAACCUUUUACGCAAAAUACGGCAUUAGUCAUUUCAGCUUAUUUUUUCAGGAUAUUGCAUAAAGUGCAAUACAGACAGGUGUGUUCAGACAAGUUUUUUUUUUAAAAUUUCAUUUAUAUUCAGUUGUUUUCAUUUGUGAGAUCAUGUUGAAACACGAAACAUAGGUUUUUAAGUUCUUUUUGCAUGAACAAGAACUUUUCAUUUCAUCAAUAUUAAGGAAAAAAUAAAGAGAACCAAAUCAAAACGCGGAAAAAACGCUGAUGCUUGAGAUAUUAGUGAGCAUGUUCAGUUGCAGUUUCAUUAUCUCGAAUCUUAUUGGCUGAUAAAUAUUUUCAAAGGUAACUAAUCAGAGUGGAUGACGCUUGUUGACUUUUUAUCCGCAUAUGAAAGAAAGAAUGUCAUUGGUUAAUUAAAAAUAGUAAUGUUAGGAAGCUGAUUUUUAUAUGAACGUUAUACUAGUAUAUUUUGAACAAUAUGAAGUUUAUGAAAAAUAUAUACACUAUACAGUGUACAGUUGUUUACUAUGUAACAAUUUUUGGAUAAAACAAUGUGAGCAUUGUGAAUUUGGUAUGAAAAGGAACCAGUGUAUGCCUGUGAUUUUACUUAAAUUGAAAUGUUAGAAUGUUGGACAUUUUAUAAAAAAAACUUACAAAAAAUUUACGAUGUGAUAGUAAUGCUUAUUUGUGCCUUACCUAUAUUAUAAGAUUAAUAACGCCUGUAAAGGGACCAAUACUUAUAUUUCCUGUUAAAUAACUGUUUGCACUUAGUAUAAGAUAUUUUACCCUGCAGAUCAACGUAAUAUCUAUAUAAAGGGGGAACCAUUAACGAAUUCCAAGUUACUCAAUAUUGAGUAUCCAUAUUAUCGGCACCUCAGUACAAUAACUGGUUAUCUCCGUUUAAAUUUAGAAGGACUUAACUCAUUACUGCACUAAAGUGAGGAGAUGAAUAAAUACGGAGACACAGACAAGUAAGUCCACAGAGGACAAUAAUAUAUUCUAACAUACUAAUCUAGCAUAAACAUGGCAUAAACAUUGACACAAUUGUGGAAAUGGGGAUAAUGGGGACGUAAAGCACAAAAUAAAACAAGACUAGUUUCAUUUGUUGGCCUUAGUUAUGUAAUACAUUGAUAUUAUAAUUUUCCAAUCAUUUCACGCGAGUUGAAAACUGGAUAUGUUUAUUUUAAGUCUAGUUUUUAUAUUACUAGUUUUCUUUUGUGAUCAUCCAUUGUUUAGCCUUCAUGUUAUCAGAACAAAAUAAAAUGAAACGAAACAGAACA